AUGGAACCCUACCGCCAUGAAGGUCAUUUCUCAAACCCCCGAAUAGAAAUCUACUCACCUCACUCAUCCGAGUCUCAAUCUAUUCCUCACGGCGCCGCACAAGGCUAUUAUGCCGACCCUGACCUACAAGAAUCAAAUCAAACACUCCUCUCUCAAUCAGCACACCUUCCACCUUCAGAUAACCAAGCAUAUACUCAUAUCUCCUCCACAAACCGUCUCCUCCCUCUUUCCCACGAAGAACCCACCUUCAUUCGCAAACCACGCAACCAAAUCUCCCAUGUCAUCCGCGUAACAUGGCGCGUUCUCAGUCUCAUCCUCAGUCUCACCAUCAUCGGAUUCAUCUCUCAUAUCCUCUACCUCCACGCCCGAAGCGAGCAUGAGAAGUUCAAGUAUUCAAGCGGGUUGGAAUUACCAGCUUGGCCAGAUGACAAUAAACUGAAGUUAUAUCCGACCUAUUUGUAUCUUGCAGCUGCGAUAUUUGCUGCGGCAAUAAAUUUUAUGGCUCUGAUUCUGGUCAAAUUCAAAAUUUUCAUCAAACUCCGCCCGCUAAUCUCGAUCCCUUCUACCUUUCUAGCAAGUCUCCUCUGGUUAGGCGCGGUGGUUUAUUUCAAGAGCUGGGAUAACAAGAAAGAUAAUUCGGCAUAUGAUAUCUGGACUUGGACUUGCUCACAUAAGAAUUUUGAAGUUAGUUAUGGGAACAAGGUCCUUGGAUUUGGGAGAAUUUGUGGGGAGAUGACUUAUGUUUACUAUGCGGGAGUUUCGAUUUUCAGUUUGGAGAUCUUGAAUCUUUUUGCGCAGGUUUGGAAUUUAAUUAAUUCAAAGAGGAAAAGCGUUGCGCCAAAGAAGCAAAAACCGAGUGGCGGCAUAGGCUGGAGUAUGCGUAUUGGCCGUGCUUUAGGGACUAUGAUUUCUUGA